UGGCAGACGUCAAAGUUGAACACGAAGUGGGCGGGACAUAAAGCAGGUUUGAACAUGGCGGAUAAAGAGAAGAAAAAGAAGGAGAGUAUUUUCGAUUUGUCGAAAUACAUCGACAAACAUAUCAGAGUUAAGUUCCAAGGUGGUCGUGAAGCUAGUGGUGUCUUAAAAGGCUUCGACCCGCUGUUAAACCUUGUGCUGGAUGGCACCAUUGAAUACAUGCGAGAUCCUGAUGACCAGUAUAAGUUGACUGAAGACACCAGGCAGCUUGGUCUGGUUGUGUGUCGAGGGACAUCCGUUGUGCUAAUCUGUCCACAGGACGGGAUGGAAGCCAUUCCAAACCCUUUCAUUCAACAGCAGGACGGAUAAUAUACACACUAAUGCACAUAGAGACACAAUGUUGUUUUCUUGCAUUCAGUUCUCAACUCUGUUCCUGGAGGCCCCCCAACACUGCACGUUUUGUAUAUCUUUCUUUUCUGACACACCCAAUUCAGGUCUUUGAGUCUCCACUAAUGAGUGGAUAAGUUGAAUCAGGUGUGUUUGAUAAGAUAUCCAAAAUGUGUUGUGUUGGGGGGGCCACCAGGAACAGGGUAGGGAACCACUACUGUGGAUGGCUUUUUGUUAGGUCUGAAAUCAUGGAUAGUGAUGUCACCGAUUUGAAAAAAAAAAAAGUAACAUUUUGUAUUUAGACUCAGGAUUACUGUUUUUUUGUUGGUUAUGUUUCUGCAGUUUAUGAAACUCAAACGUAUUGGUCUGUUUUUUGUGUGUUGAUUAUGAUUUUUGAAAUAUGUGACAUGUUUUCUGUUUAUGAAAAUGGACACAUGGUGUUCCACUGGUUCUUUCAGUGUUUUAAUAUUGAAGUUAAUUUGGACAUUAAUAAACAUGUGGGAUUUCAUCUUUUCUAAUUUAAGCAAAAACUACGUUUACGACUGUACCUCAAAGGGUGGAUCCCACAGGCUUGUUUUUGUUUUAAGCUUUUGUAGACACCCAAAUUAAGACAUAGGAAAGCACUAUAUAUUCUUAAUGGAAACUGUUUACAGUGGCUUACGUUUGAAUACAACUAGACGCCUUCAGAUAACAGAUUGUCGUUUACCUUAAUGGUGUUCCCUCCUCUGUUUAACAUACCGGUACACAAAAUUAACUCCUGUGUUCAAGUGACUAUAUAGACUCAAUUCUGGGACCCUUUUGGGGGAAUAUUUUUUUCUGCAGUUAUCAAGUUGUAAUUGAGUAAAAAUGAUUGAGUUCAAAUAUAAAUCUUUGAUAAUUAUUUGUUAAUUGGAAAAGUAAAUGUAAAAAAAAAAUCAAAAAAAUUGUAGUAACAAUGACCAGAUUUUAGUGUUUGUGAGUGCAAUCUCUAUUAAAUAACUUGUUUAAAUAAAUAUCCAGUAGUUGUGGAUUACUGGAAAAUUCAAGGAA